ACAGGUACAAUGUCCGGUGAGAAAAAAUAUAAAGUUCUGGUCACGCACCCAGAAGUGCCACGAGAGGCUAUCGAUCUGUUGGCGCACAACUGUGAGGUGACCAUUUGCAAGACUUUGCCAACUGAGCGUUCAGAAAUUUUAGAGAAGGCCAAAAGUGUAGACGCCAUAUUUUGGGCUGGCCAUAAGCCGCUCAAAGCAGAUGUGUUAGAUGCGGCAGGUCCACAACUCAAAUCGAUUUCCACCAUGUCGGGAGGCAUAGAUUUUGUGGAUGUGACGGAGCUUAAGCGACGUAAGGUACCACUCGGUCAUACGCCCGUCGCGUUUAAUGACGCUGUGGCAGAUAUAGCAGUCGGUUUGCUGCUGGCAGCAGCGCGUCGCUUCCACGAAGGACGACUAAAGAUUGAAACCGGCACCUGGGAGAACUUUCAUCUCAACUGGAUGUUGGGUCGGGAUUUGCGCGACUCUGUAGUGGGUUUCUAUGGUUUUGGUGGUAUUGGACAAAUCAUUGCCAAGCGUCUGAAGGGCUUCGACAUUGAACGCGUACUCUAUACGACACAUCGUCGUGUGGCGCCUGAAAUUGAGCAAGAAUAUAAUGCGAAAAAAGUCGAUUUUGACACGAUGCUAGCGGAGAGUGAUUUCGUAAUUAUUGCAACGCCCUUAACCAACGAGACCGCUGGCGUUUUCAAUGCCACCGCUUUUGGCAAAAUGAAGAAGACUGCUGUGCUAGUGAAUAUAGGGCGAGGAGGUAUUGUAAAUCAGCCAGAUUUGUAUGAAGCUUUGAGAACAAAUCAAAUAUUCGCUGCAGGCUUGGAUGUGAUGACACCUGAACCACUACCCUCCAAUGAUCCAAUGUUGAGUUUACCAAACCUUUUUCUUCUCCCUCAUUUGGGCUCGGCCACCGGACGCACUCGCACUGAAUUGGCUGUCAAAGCUGCGCAUAAUAUUUUACGGGGACUUGGCGGCGAAUCAAUGCUCUCACCCGCCUAUUAA